AUGGUUACAGGCAUGAAACGCUCGAAUAACAAUGAAAACGCUUCUUCAUCCCGAAAAAUUCGGAAAACAUGUGAAAAUGCUGAUGCCCCGUCUACAUCCAGACAGUCCUAUACAUCGAGUCAGGAAAAGAAGAAAAAAGCAGAGAAAGUUGUCAUUGAAGAAAGACAACGCAUCAAUGAAGUUGUUGAAGAUGAUGAGCUGGUUGUUCUGGAAGAAAACAUUGAGAUUGAGUUAAUCUCUCGCACCUGGAGAACACGAGCAUAUGCAUGUUUCCCGGCGCCAAAAAUCAAAAUGAUAAAAAGAAACUGGAAUGAGUUCACAGCAAAAUCCAAAAAUGUCAACUUCUCAAAAUUGUCCUCUCUGGAGCCACAUUAUUGGGAUAUUAUAAGGGAGUACAGGAACUGCCAUCCCGCUAAAAGUGUCGAAAAAAACAGUGCGAUGCAAAAAAAGUACUUGAGGAUGACAAUCGACGAAAGACUCGAAUUCUGGAAAAACCAAGCACAACGAAUCUGGUGGCACGCAGAGGACAGGCUGCUGUUCGAUGAAUCCAUUCGACAGAAAAGGAAAAUUGAGUUUUGCAAGGACUUGAAAAAAUAUUUCAAGAUGAACAGCGAGACCCCAUCACAAAACGUCGAAAGAUGUCACCAUCUCGCUGUAAAAUUUUUGGAAUUCAACAAGAAGAAAUUUGUGGAGAAUGAUAAAAGCCUGACUCCUCGUGCACUGCCAGAAGAAUUCGAAAUGUUUUACCUCUCCAAACUGGCAUACCAUCCGCCAAGAGACAGAAUGCGGAUAACAGAAAAUUUGAGCAAUACAGAUUUAGGCUCUGAUGGAAUGAAGAUACCAGUUUACUCUGAUUGCGCCGAAACGGACCAUAGAGAGGUGCACAUUCCGGAGUCGUUGUGUUACGACUACAUAAGUGCGAACGUCAUCGAUAGAGCGAGUGAGCCGAAACUGGAGGAAGCGAUCGGGAUGGCGGAGCAAGAAAAAAACAAAAUAAUAUGCUCCUGCUGUAAAAGUGAAAAUGGUCCAGUCAAUUGUUUUAACAACCCAGAUUGCCGAUGCUCCAUGGUGAAUCAGCGAUUAGAGAGUUUGCAAGGGAACGAUGGUCGGACGUCAUUCACCUCCUUCAAGCCGGUCAACUUCCGAACUGGCUCUGCAGCAUUCUACCGAUAUGCCGCAUUUGCAUGUUCGGAGGAGUGUGCCUGCAAAGGAAGGUGCAACAACAAUGUACUGUUCACUCUGCAAAAAAAUCUUUUCCAACUCGAAGUCUUUCGGGCAGACAUCGCCACUGGUUUUGAAGUUCGGACACUCAACUACAUUCCUGCUGGAACACCCGUGAUGGAGUUCAGAGGAGAGAUCAUGAAUUCUGACCGGCUCGAGGAAAACCUGAAGGACUACAGUAUGCAGCUGACGGAUCCCGCGGAAGACCGCAAAGCCCUGCAUCCAAUCAUCGAGUCGUUGAACUUCACUCCGGAAUAUCUGAAAGUGUUGAAAAUGAUAAACAAAAAGGAGUGGCACAUCGACUGCAAAUGGCAAGGAAAUGUGGGCAGACACCUGAACCACUCGUGUAUUCCAAAUUUGGAGCCAUUCCGGGUGUACCAGAAGAACUUCACCCCUGGCCACGUCUCAUUGGUCCUCUUCUCAGUGAAAUCGAUCAUGCCAGGAGAGAGACUGACCAUCGACUACGGGCCCAACUACAAAGGGCUUCGAGAAGGAUGGUGUGCAUGUGGGACGUUCGCUUGUAGAAAUGGAAUGGACUUCCACAUUUUCAACAAACUCAAUUAUGCCACUAUCAGAAGGUGUUUCGAAGAAAUAAUGCAACGGGAAAAUGAGGAUUACGACAAGCUGAUCGAACAUUGGGAUGAAAAUUACUACCGUCAUGUAGAACUCGUGCUCCAACUACGAGAUGACCGAUUACUUUAUAAAUAUGGCAAUGAUGACUACCCAUUACCAGAGCAGUUGAUGUGA